AUGGAGUACGGGUGGCUGCUGUCCGCGGCGCUCGCGGCCGCGGUGGCCUCGUGGGCGCUCGACGCGCUGGUACGCCUCGUGUGGCGGCCGCGCGCGCUGGCCCGGAGCCUCCGGGCGCAGGGCGUCCGCGGGCCCCACUACCGCUUCUUCCACGGCAACCUCGGCGACAUCAGGCGGCUCCGCGCCGCGGGCGCCGGCCUCAGGCUGGACGUCGCCGACCACGACUUCACGCCCAUCGCGCAGCCGCAGUUCAGGGAAUGGAUCCCCCUCUACGGGCGCGUGUUCCUGUACUGGUUCGGCAGCACGCCCAACAUCUGCGUGGCGGACUACGCCAUGGCGAAGCAGCUGCUGGCGGAACGGACGGGGCUCUUCGCCAAGAACCGCUCCAACGCCAACCUGCUCCGGCUUCUCGGCGAGGGGCUCGUGCUGGCCAACGGCGACGACUGGCACCGCCACAAGAAGGUGGUGCACCCGGCCUUCAACACCGACAAGCUCAAGAUGAUGACAGCGACGAUGGCGGAUUGCGCCCUAUCGAUGGUGGCCGGCUGGGAGGCGCAGCUGGCGAGUCAGCGGAAGAAGCACGUGACGAUCGAGCUGAGCGACCAGUUCGAGGAGCUCACCGCCGACGUCAUCUCCCACACGGCGUUCGGGAGCAGCUACAAGGAAGGGAAACGGGUGUUCCAGGCACUCAAGGAGCUGCAGUUCAUCACCUUCUCCACGCUUUUCAGCGUUCAGAUCCCUGGAUUGAGAUAUCUUCCAACAAAAAAGAACAUGCGGGUGUGGAAGCUGGACAAGGAGGUGAGGAGCACGCUGACGCGGAUCAUCGAGAACCGGCUCGCCGCCAAGGACAAGGCCGGGUACGGGAACGACCUCCUGGGGCUGAUGCUGGAGGCCUGCGCGCCGGAGCACGGCGGCGACCAGCUCCUGAGCAUGGACGAGAUCAUCGACGAGUGCAAGACUUUCUUCUUCGCGGGGCAGGAGACCACCUCGCACCUGCUCACCUGGGUCAUGUUCCUGCUUAGCACGCACCCAGAGUGGCAGGAGAAGCUCCGGGCCGAGGUGCUGAGGGAGUGCGGCGGCGGCAGGGACCGCCGGGCUCCCACCCACGACAUGCUCGGCAAGCUCAAGCUGAUGAACCUGUUCAUCCUGGAGACGCUGAGGCUGUACAGCCCGGUCCCGCUGAUCCGGCGGCGGACCCGGUGCCCGGUGGAGCUGGGCGGCGUGGUGGUGCCGGCGGACGCGCUGCUGACGCUGCCGAUCGCGACGAUGCACCGCGACAAGGAGCUGUGGGGCGACGACGCCGGCGAGUUCAACCCGCUGCGGUUCGACGCCGGCACCACCAAGGCGGCGCCCAAGAACCUGAGCGCGCUGCUGGCCUUCUCCAGCGGGCCGAGGAACUGCAUCGGCCAGAACUUCGCCAUGAUCGAGGCGAGGGCCGUGGUCGCCGCGGUGCUGCAGCGGUUCGCGCUCACGCUCUCGCCGGAGUACGUGCACGCGCCGACCGACGUCAUCACGCUGCGCCCCAAGUACGGGCUCCCUAUGAUCGUUACGAGUGUUGAAUGA